AGAUAGAUAUAAGUGAUUAUAUAGUCCCAAAUGCAUAAUUAAACUCAUAAUCUCACGAUAUCCUAAAAUUUCAUAUGUAUGCGAUAUGUCGCCUAUGCUACCUUUAAAGGUUGAGUAUCGUGAUUCUUAAUGAGGAUAAAAUAUAUAAGAUAGGAUUAAGAUCAUUUCGACGUAUGAUUAUAUAGUAUUACCAUAUAACGAAAUUUAUCGCAUAUACAAAAUAGAAUAACUAAUAAUUCUAUUUUUAUUUAUAAAAAAUCGGAUGUGAAUUUACUUUAGAAAUUAAAUUAAUUUAACAAAACAAUAUGAUUGGAUGGUCAAAACGAUUGACUGAUAACGAAACAGCUGAGCCUGUAUCAGGGAUCUCUCGUCUCUUUAGUUCACGCACUCCACAUUCAUGUGCCAUUUCGUCUUCUUCCCUCAUCACUGUGAUGAGUUCACUCAACCGUCAUACCUUCGCUCUCUUCAACCUUAUCGCAUGGCUGAGUGCACUCACCGAGUCGACUCAGCCCCCAUUCGCAUGCGGCCCAUUACCCAAACCCUACCCCUUCUGCGAACCCACUCUCCCCAUAGCCCAACGCGCCCGGGACCUGGUUUCUCGCCUCACCCUCGACGAGAAAGCCGCCCAACUCGUUAACUCGGCCUCCGCCGUCCCCCGACUCGGCGUCCCCGCCUACCAGUGGUGGUCCGAGGCCCUGCACGGCGUUUCCCGCCACGGAAAAGGCGUCAGCUUCGGCGGCGCUGUCCCUUCCGCCACCAUGUUCCCUCAGGUCAUCCUCGCCGCCUCCUCCUUCGAUGCCUUCCUCUGGUUCCGCAUUGCCCGGGCAAUAGGGAAGGAAGCGAGAGGUGUGUACAACGAGGGGCAAGCGAAGGGGAUGACAUUCUGGGCGCCGAACAUAAAUAUUUUCAGGGAUCCGAGGUGGGGGAGAGGGCAGGAAACUCCAGGAGAGGACCCGUUAAUGACGGCAAAAUACGCUGUUUCCUACGUUAGAGGCAUUCAGGGCCACAGCUUUCAAGACGCCGGCGCCGACAACGGCGACCAUCUCCAGGCCUCGGCUUGCUGCAAGCACUUCACGGCCUACGAUCUGGACAACUGGAACGGCGUCAAUCGGUUCACCUUCAACGCCAUUGUGAGCAAGCAGGACAUGGCGGACACUUACCAGCCGCCGUUCCAAAGCUGCGUGGAGAAAGGCCGAGCCAGCGGGAUUAUGUGCGCUUACAACCGCGUUAAUGGCGUUCCAAACUGCGCCGAUUACAAUCUCUUGACGAAGCUUGCCCGCGGCCAGUGGGGUUUCCAAGGAUAUAUUACGUCGGACUGCGAUGCGGUGUCCAUCAUGCACGACGAUCAAGGCUAUGCUAAAUCGCCGGAAGAUGCCGUGGCCGAUGUUCUUAAAGCUGGCAUGGAUGUGAACUGCGGUUCCUACUUGAAGAACCACACCAAAUCUGCAGUUGAGCAAAAAAAACUGCCAAUUUCUGAGAUAGACAGAGCCCUUCACAACCUCUUCUCAGUCCGAAUGAGGUUAGGAUUGUUCAAUGGCGAUCCAAGCCGGCUGCUCUACGGCAACAUUGGUGCCAGCCAGGUGUGCACCAAAGAGCACCAACGUCUGGCCCUCGAGGCAGCCCGGGAUGGCAUUGUCCUCCUCAAGAACUCCAAUGGCCUCCUCCCCCUCUCCAAGACCAAAACCAUGUCACUUGCAGUGUUGGGCCCCAAUGCCGAUGCCCCCAAAACACUGCUCGGGAACUACGAAGGCCCUCCCUGCAACUCCAUCUCGCCUCUCCAAUCGCUAAAGGGAUAUGUCAAGAGCACGGUCUACCACCCCGGUUGUGAUUUCGUCAACUGUUCUGAUCCGGACAUUGCUGGAGCAAUUGAGAUUGCAAGAAAGGCCGAUUAUGUGGUGUUGGUUAUGGGACUGGAUCAGACCCAAGAGAGGGAGGAGCGCGACCGGGACGACCUGGUCCUCCCGGGGAAACAACAGAGCCUAAUCCAGAGCGUUGCUAAGGCUGCUAAGCACCCUGUUGUGCUGGUGCUGCUCUGUGGGGGUCCCGUGGACGUUUCCUUCGCCAAAAAGGACCCGAAGAUCGGGAGCAUCCUGUGGGCCGGCUACCCGGGAGAAGCUGGAGGGAUUGCCCUCGCUGAGAUCAUCUUUGGCGACCACAAUCCAGGAGGAAGGCUACCACUCACUUGGUACCCGAAAGAUUUUGUCAGAGUGGCCAUGACCGACAUGAGGAUGAGGCCGGAUCCCUCCUCGGGUUACCCUGGCCGGACCUACAGGUUCUACAGAGGAAGAAAGGUUUUCGAGUUUGGCCAUGGCAUCAGCUACACAAACUACUCCUACAAAUUUGUGUCCGUCACUCAAAGCAAGCUCUACUUGAACCGGAUGUCACCUCACGACUCGGAUCGUUCAACCCGGUACUUGUCAGUAUCGGACAUGGGCACAGAGCUCUGCGAGAAGGCCAGGUUCUCGGCCCUUGUAGGAGUUGAGAAUCGCGGGGCGAUGGAGGGGAAGCACCCGGUGCUGCUGUUUGUGAGGGAAGGGGGGACGCCCCGGAAGGGGAAGGCAAUCAAGCAGUUGGUGGGAUUCGAGAGUGUGCGGUUGAAGGCAGGGGAAAGGGCGGAGAUUGAGUUUGAAUUGAAUCCCUGUGAGCAUCUCAGCAGAGCCAAUGAAGAUGGGUUGAUGGUGAUUGAAGAAGGGCCUCGUUUCCUGAUGGUAGGGGAUGAAGAGUGGCCACUCACCAUUGAAGCUUGAUGUUUUUGUUAGUUUCUGCUUUCUACGAAUGCAAUGCCAGCAGCCAGCAGCCAUAGCCCAAUGUUGCAGCUUCUCGGUGUUGCUAUCAUUCUGUGACACUCUUACUUGAUAAAAAAUUAAUAAAAGAGGCAUCUCACGGUACCAGAGUCACAAA